UUAAAAAAUUGAAAGUAAUGAUAUUAAACAAUGCCCACUGCGCAAAUGAACUUUGCUUAGAGAAUAAAAAUACGCAGAAAAAGUGCGAUUAUAUUUAUGUAAUAAGCCGCGAAGAUUGCGCAACAGUAUUGAACCUUCGUAAAAUUAAUUUCUAUCGGUCCGAUAAUCGAACACGUUUACUCGUAAAAACGGUUCAUUUCGUGGUUCACACUGUCGACAGUCAUUUUUAUCAAUGAACCAAUUAAUAAAUCGCAUAGUUUGUGCCAGUCAACAAGCGUUGCUUAGUAAGAAGUUGUGCACUGUUACUGUAAGAGGAUUUCGUGUAUCGGCUCAAAAUAUGGUUAUCGCUGUUGGUGAUAAACUACCGGCAAUUGAUCUUUUUGAAGAUACACCCACAAACAAGGUGAAUCUUGCAAAACUUGCAGCUGAUAAAAAAAUUGUAGUCUUCGGAGUACCAGGAGCAUUCACACCAGGAUGUUCAAAAACACAUCUUCCUGGUUAUAUUCAAAAAGCUCAGGAAUUGAAAUCUAAAGGAAUUGCAGAAAUUGUUUGCAUAUCUGUAAAUGAUCCAUUUGUAAUGGCAGCAUGGGGUAAAGAACACGGAGCACAAGGGAAGGUACGCAUGCUAGCAGAUCCUGCAGCUCAAUUUACAGAUGCAUUAGGAUUGUCUACAGAUUUGCCUGUACUUGGUGGAAAAAGAAGUAAGCGUUUCUCAAUGCUACUUAAUAAAGGAGUAGUUCAAGAAUUAAAUAUAGAACCAGAUAAUACAGGUCUUUCUUGUUCCUUAGCAGAAAAUCUUAAAAUGUAAAAUGUGCAUUUCUAAAAGUUAUGUAGUCAUAUUACUAUUUAUAAGAGUAUAAAUUCUUGAUUCUAUUACAAGCUGUUGUAAUAAAAUAUUAUUAAACGAGUCGUUUAUAUGGA